UUCCACCAAUCAGGAGUCGCGGCUCGCAAUUCGAACGUCAACUCUCGGAGGUCGGAUAAGUUGUGAUAAAAUGGAUUAAUUUACUGCCCGAUUUAAUUCGCUAACGCGUUUUAUUUGGCCGAUACCAUACAAACCCUUUAACCCGGCGACAUACAUACUACAAUCCUGAGCCAUGGGGAAGGAACGGGCCCAGAAGAAGUCCUUCCAGCACAGUCUGGACGACAUAAAGGAGAGGAUGAAGGAGAAGAGAAACAAACGGCUGGCCAGUGCUUCAGCUCCGAGCAAGAGACUGUCCAGAAUGAUGAACAAAAGCGGUGGGACUAAUUCCACGCACUCCCUCCUCAAGGGUGUCCAGGAGAACAACAAGGCGCUGGCCGUGGCCCUGCAGUCUGAGAAGGAGAAAGGGAGGCAGGCCAAUGCAGUGAUCCUGCAGCUGAAGAAGGAGCAACAGGCUCUGUUUCUUCACCUGAUUCUGCUGAAGAAGAAGCUGAAAGAGCAGGAAGCCCUGGUAGCGAAAGCUUCAGAGACAAAACCAGCAAACGUGAUUGUAGAACCCCAACGCGGUGUGGAUUCAGAAAGAAGAAAACGGACCAGCCAGAUACUCGAUGAGCUCAUUCUGUGUGACGCAUCCCCAAUUUGUGCAGAACCUCAGCCCCCUAAAAAGAAUGGAAAACAGAUCACCUUGCCACCUACAGUGUGCGUGAGGCGUCAGCACACAGACAGAAGAAGCAGAAGGAGAUCUGAGCGUGUGCGAGAACAGAGGUUAGCUGAGGAAGACCCAGCCAGUGCGUUUGAGGCUUUGAUAGCAAGUCCUACAAGAAGUGACAGUCGAAAUCCAGUGCAUCACGGAGCAGAAUCCUGUGACAUUGAGGAGAUACAACACUCUACUCCUGAACCUGUCCACCCCAAAAAAAGUCAGCAGCAGCCUAGUAAGAAACAACCCCAGCAGCAGCAGCCCCGCUCCAAACCAGAACCAGCUUCACGGAAACCCGAGAGAGGCCGCAAACCGGAGCGUGCCCCAUUGAAGAAACCGUGGGAGAAUCCCAAACCCAGAGCCCGCUCAAAGAGUCGAGACCGAUCAGCCACUCGGGCUAAAAACGCACCUCCACCACAAGGCAAUAAGCUCAAUACCUCACUGGGAUUUAAUGACACAUUUGACUUUGACUGCGAAGAGGUAGUCCAUGUUACGCCGUUCAAGGCCAAGGCUGAAGAAACUCAGCCAGCCACAGCCAUUAGUGAAGAGGCUCCAGAAAGAGGGGAGGCACAAACUGAAGUUUCACCCAGGGUCUCCAAAUCACAAAAUGAAUCAAGCUCAUCAUCACCGUCUUCUGAAUCAGAGGACAGCCUUUAUGUCCCUCAGAAGACUAGACGUAGACUAACUUCUCCUGACAAGACCAGGGACGUCACUACGCGCAGAGGCCGGCCCUCAAAAGUAACCAGACGGCGUGAGAACAUCCCUCCAAAACCACAGAUCUCUGUGUUCAGAGAUGAGGAGUCGAGCCUUAAGGCUGCAGAGAGUGAAGGUGAUUUCCAUCACCUACCAGACUCAAGCCUCCCCAACAGUCCAGACGCUGCAAGUCUGGGAAAGGAAAAUCACCCAGAGCCACAUGGGGAGGACACGGAGCAGGAUGGUUUGCUUCCUGUCAGCCCUCAGGUUGAGGCUGAGAUGAUGAGAAUAGACAACGUCCUGUCCAACUUCGGAGAUUCCUCCUGUGAAACUCCGCCUUUCUUGCCACACCACACGCAACAGAAGAAUAAAACAACCUGCAAGAAACGUGGGCUUGGUGUAAGGACAGCAGGGCGGGGCUUGAGUCUGUGUGAUGUGACCAAUCUGUCCCCUGCAGCCUAUCGCAAGUUCUCCUGUGGAGGCUCACGGCCUUCUGAUGCCCGAUGCGGCACCCCAGUCCCUGCUCGCAAGCGGCGCUGCACCAUGGUGGUUGACUAUAAGGAGCCCUCUCUGAAUGCGAAACUUCGCCGUGGGGACAAACACACAGACUUGCAGUUCCUCCGCUCUCCUGUUUUCAAGGAAAAGUCGGGCAGGAGGUCUGAGCAAAAAUCGAGGAAUUCUAUGAACAACCAGCAGCGUUUUAAGAAAUACAACGAGUCUUUUGUCGGAUGUCACUGAAAGCAGCCACCUCACUUUUUGAGUCUGAACUGAGGGCUGCCUGGUUUUGUCAGCUUUCAAGUGACUUCUUGAAGCUUGACAAAUUAUCAUUUUAUCACCUAUAACGUUUCUUUGUGACUAUUAACAGCAACUGUGAUCAGUUUUAUAUUUGUUUUCAUUGUGUUCCUUUCUCAUCUUAAAGCUUUUGUCUCUGCAUCUGUUCUUUGUCUCUGUAGAUGUAGUAAUUGCUAUUUUGAAAUGAUGGCUUGACUUUCAAAUUUUAAAUGUCUUCAUCUUAUUAUUGCUCUAUCACGAGAUGCUGAAUAAGAGUACAUAUUUUAAUAAAAUUCACAUUUUUCUUUAUUGUAUGUUCUAUUACUGUAAGAUGUGACAAUAAACUAUCUAUCUACUCUA